CGCCCGGCCCAGCCCCGCGUCCCGCCGCUUCCCCCCAGCCAUGGAGCAGGAUAGCAGCCCCCGGAAGAUCCAGUUCACGGUCCCGCUGCUGGAGCCGCACCUUGACCCCGAGGCGGCGGAGCAGAUUCGGAGGCGCCGCCCCACCCCUGCCACCCUCGUGCUGACCAGUGACCAGUCAUCCCCAGAGAUAGAUGAAGACCGGAUCCCCAACCCGCUUCUCAAGUCCACUGUGGCCAUGUCUCCGCGGCAACGGAAGAAAGUGACAAGGACCACGCCCACAAUGAAAGAGCUCCAGAUGAUGGUUGAACAUCACCUGGGGCAACAGGAGCAGGGAGAGGAGCCUGAGGGAGCUGCUGAGAGCACAGGGACCCAGGAGUCCUGCCCACCUGGGAUCACAGAUGCAGAAGCGGAGUCAAGGCCGGGCACCUCUGGGAAAGCACCAAAGCCUGCAGAAUCCACCCCGAAAACUCAGGAGAGGGGCAUUGAGAAACCCAGCACAGAGAAACCCUCAACCCAUAUACCACCACUGGAUUCCCAGGGAGCCAACUCGGUCUGAGAGUGAAGGAGGUACCCUGGAAUCAAGACUGCAGUUGGGAAUGCAUGGACACUGGAUUUGUUUCUUAUUUCUUCACUUUUGGGGAAAAUCUCUUGUUUUUAAAAAGUGAUAAAUUUGAUGUUAGGUC